AUGGUAAAGUGUAUGAUGUCUAGUAAUAGGAUAAAAGGAAUUUUGACUAUUAUUGCAGGUUUUGUCCUUAAUCUUACUAGUGGCUCUAUGUUUUUAUGGGGAACACUCAAUAUCUAUAUAACCUCUUAUUUUAGAUAGAAGGAUGAUCCUGAUUUAUCACUCAGUAUCGGAGGAGCUAUAUUUCCCGUCAUGACUGCUUCUUUUGCUACAGGAAUACCUUUAGGAAUUAAGUGUAUUCAAUUACUAGGUCAAGCUCGAUACGUUUUAUUUAUAAGUUCUGUUAUUGCCUCAUUAACAGUAAUUCUCUCAAGCUAUGCAGAGAAAUUUUAUUAAUUUGCAAUUAUCUAUGGUGUAAUAAAUGGUAUAGCUUCUGGUUGUAUAUGUAUUGUCCCCAUUUACAUGGGAUAUCUUUAUUAUCCUAACUACAGAGGACUUGUUUCUGGAAUAAACACAUGUGGAUGUGCUCUUUGUUCUUUCUUGUUUGGUAUACUUUUCACUCAAUUAGUCAAUCCUGAUGGACUUUUGUAGAAUUCAAACUCUGAUGGAUAUUCGUAUUUUGAUGGCGACUCCAUUUCAGUAGCUUAAAAUGUGCCUGAAACUCUUAGAAAAAUUGGGUACAUUUUUUUGAGUGUUUCUGUAUGUGCAUCAUUUCUUGUAUUUUAUCAUCCUAAUUAAAUCGGAGAAGAAGAAAAAAGGCUGAAAAAAUAGCUCUAAUUAAAAUAACAAGAAAAAAAGCAAUUUUAAGAAAACCUUUAAACAAUAGAAUAAGAAAUAUAAUAAAUUGAAUUAACAAUUAACAAUGAAUAAAAUUAAAAAUAAUUUUAAGAGGAACAAGUUUAACCUUUAAGAAAUCCAAAAUUCAAUCGACACUCAUAAGAAAUACUGAGAUAAAGCAAGCAAAUAAUUGUUUAAAAGAUCAGAAUUUCAGAAAUUGAGUAACAAGUUCUACAAGAAAAGAUAGAGAUUUCUCAUAAAAAAGACGAAUAAACAGGAUUAGUUUACGUUAACAAAGUUAUAAUAGAUGAAAUUAAGGAGAAUUAGGAUAAAGUUAAUGUAACAAAAAACAAACAGUUCUCUGAAAAAGACUUUUUAAGAAUACUCCAAAGAAUACAAUCAAAUGAAGACUAAAGUUAUAAUAAAGAAUAGCAUAUUAAUUAGUAUGUGUAGGAUGAUGAUUUAAAUAAAGAACUAACAGAGGAAGAAUUAGCAAAAAAAGAAGAGUAAAUUAAAGAAGAGUUGGAAAAUACAAAGAAAAACUAAGAGGAAAUAGAUGAACUUGAUAAGUUAGGAGCUCCUAGCAUUAAAAUAGCCUUGAAGUAACCCAAAUUCUACUUGUCUAUUUUAUUAGCUAUUCUUUGUCUUGGUUUUGGAUCACUAAUCAAUGCAAACUAUAAAUCGAUAGCAAAAGAUUAAGGAUUUGAAAGUGACAGCUUUUAAACUCUAGUAGGCUCUUUAGCUGGUCUCGCUAACGGAAUAUCAAGACCUGUGUGGUCAGGUUUAUUAGAUAAGUUCAAAUACAAACACUUACUAAUAGUUGCUCUAUCUAUAUAAAUAGUAACUAGUUUAUCUCUUCAAGCAACUAAUCAAAGUGAGGCAUUUUUCGCUAUUUGGAUUUUUAUAAUUCACUUUUGCUUAGGAGGAGUCUUGGGUAUGUUACCUGUAUUUUCUGCGUAACUGAAUGGAGUUAAAAUAGGUUCAUAACUCUAUGGUUUUUACUUUUACGGAUUCAGUAUAGCAAAUUUCGUUUAGUUUAUCAUAGUGUUGGAAUUAAAAAAGGAAAUAGGCUUCAAUAAUAUAUUUUAUAUUUUCUUCGCCUAAUUAUUUUUGGCAUUCAUAAUAAUAAUCUGCUUUUAAUUCAAAAUAAAGUGGUCAAAAUAUUACAUGGCAAAGAAAGAAGAAACACUCAAUACAUAAUCUAAUGAAAAUAUUCCAAACAAUGUCAUUAAUAGUGAAUAAAAUUAAUUAAAUUUUAUAGUUACUAAUUAAGAAUGA